UAAAGUGUUGUUUUCCGUUCAAAAUAAUAAGAUGAAUAAAUUAUACAAACAUAUUAUGAGCAAAUUGACUUCCUUUCGCGGAAUUAUAUUCAAAUAUAGAUAUUUGUUUACCUUGGAUGAAACUUAAAAGUAGCUGACAUGAGGAAAUUGACAUUUUAAAACUUUACUUCCACGAGGCCAUGGCUGUGUACAAUACAUCCGGACCAUUAUUAUCAACCUCUGGAGCGCACUUUGACAUGAAUAGUACUGAAUCGCUAGAGAAUGUUUCACAUGAAAGUAGCCCAUUCUCUAAGUGGGACUUGCCUCGCUGGAACCAGUACAUUUUUGAAAGGAAUAUGCUACCAUCAUUUGUGUUCAUUCUUUUGUUACUAAUUAUCGGAGUUCCAGGGAAUUCACUAGUAUGCUACAUUUAUCACUUCAAAAUACGAAAUAGAAAGUUAUCUUCGAACAUUUUCAUCCUAGCUCUUUCUUGGUUGGACUUGAUUAACUGUGCCUUAACAUUGCCGUUUGAGCUCUUUGUAAUUUCAAAUUAUGUCCAAUUUGACAAUCCGAUAAUAUGUAAAUUUGCACGGUUUAUUUCUUUCUUUUGCAACAACGCCACCUCAAUUAUACUUCUUUCCAUCGCCAUUGAUAGAUUACGGGUAUUUAUGUCCGGACCACGUCGUUUACGAUUGCAAGCCUCGACUUCAAAUCUCAUAGUUGGUAUAGCUAUGGUUAUUUCUGCCUUCAUUAGUUGGCCAAUGUUGUUAUUUUUUGGUACCUGGAGAUUCCCGCUCAAAAAUGGCAUCACAGGGAAAAUGUGUCUGAUUACCAACUACUACAUGCUGAACAAUAACCCUGUAGAAGCUUUCACAUGGACCUUAUUGAGUGUACAUUUAAUUUUUGAUGUCUUGUUCGUUAUUAUUUACUCUGUUAUAGGGAAAAGAAUUUGUAUCGAUACAAAGGCAACACGAAGCAUGUCAGCAAGUAGUGAGCAUGCGCACUCAUUUAGAGUAGACGUCCGCAAAGGAAGCGAUUCUUCAGCUGAGGACGACGUAUUUACGAUGAGCACUAGUAGCACAAGAAAGUCAUCGAUCCGUCAAACAGAUGAUCAUAUAUCAUCAGAAGACACGUUGUAUAAAUGUAACUUGCUGAAUUCUCAGAAUUCCCAGAAUUCAAGUGUAACGUCAAUACCGAGUAGUCCUAAAAAAGUAUUACUUCGUCCUAACCAGUCGAAGCAUAACAGUAGAAUAUUAAGUUCACCGUUUAAAAAGCAACACACCCGCUGCUCAGCAACUAAUUCAGAGUGGAUGGUAUCUAAACGUCGGCCAUCGGUUAGCAGAACGUCAAUUAUGUUGUUUUUAGUAACAGUUGCAUACAUGAUAACUUAUUUGCCAUAUUGUAUCCUUGUUGUGAUAAGAACCACGGAUUCCAUGUUCUUUUUUAGACUUAACGACUUGGAUAAGUCGUUUUUUCAGUUAUUUUUUAGGUCAUAUUGUCUCGGUAGUGCUAUUAAUCCUAUAAUUUACAGUUUCGUUAGUUCAAGCUUUAGAAAAAAGUGCCGGGAAAUUCUAUAUGAUAUUUUAUGUUGCUUGCCCGGCAGAAAACGUAAGAAAACUAUUUCAAAUUGACAAUCAUUUAUGUCGUCGUACCUCAAAUGUUUUUACAGAUUUAUAAUUAAAGUGAAAAAUAACGUU